AUGUCCACAGAGCUUUUCCCCCCACGACAAUCAAAAUUCAGCACUUAUUUCAGUUGUCCGUGGAAAUCAAUACAAACUGGAUACAUUAUUUUGACAUGGAUUGUCUUGGGUUUUCAUGUCGAACUAGUUGGGCCAACAAUACCAACACUAGCAGCAAAUAUUAAUAGUCAUUAUACUGAAAUGGGUACUGCGACUGUAGCCAGAAAUUUGGGUUAUUUAAUCGUGAAUUGUCUUGGAAUUUUUUUUCAACAUACAAUUGACAACCAUUCAUAUCCUGUUUUGACAUGUGGAUUCAUUUUACCAGCUAUUGGUAUUGAAUGA